GGAAGGGAACCAUCGGCUCAGUCUUCCUCGGACAGGAAGUCACUAACGCCAUUUUCAACACUUCCAAGUCUGAGAUUUCUCUCGUUUCGUCCUUAAAUUAGCGACUAUUGUAGAGUUCAUGUACCCUGUCGGGCAGCUGAUAAUUUAAAAGAAUAUUGCCCAAAGCCAUUGGCAAAGGAAUGACAAAAGCACCUGGUCCUCCUGGCCCUCCCGGCCCUCCUACGGGCCCGGGGGGACCCCCAGGACCAGCUGGCCCCCCAGUGCCCCGACCCCUCACACUACCCCCGGGACCCACCCCAGCACCUGGACCAAUAACCACCAUCGUGGCGCCCGCCACAGGCACCCCAGCCGUGGCCACGGGCACAGGAAUAUCAGCCCUGCUUCCGCCAGAGUUGCCAACAUUCGUGGCCCCAAGAAGACCCAACUUAGGGCGAGAGGGUCGGCCCAUCACGCUGCGGGCCAACCACUUCCAGAUAUCCAUGCCAAGGGGCUACAUCCACCACUAUGACGUCAGCAUCCAGCCCGACAAGUGCCCCAGGAAGGUCAACAGGGAGAUUAUCGAGACCAUGGUGCAUGCAUUCCCAAGGAUCUUUGGGAGCUUGAAGCCGGUCUUUGAUGGGAGAAGCAACCUGUACACCAGAGACCCACUGCCAAUCGGUAAUGAAAAAAUGGAACUGGAGGUGACCCUGCCAGGCGAGGGGCGAGACAGAGUGUUCAAGGUGGCCAUGAAGUGGCUGGCGCAGGUGAAUCUCUACACGCUGGAGGAAGCUCUUGAGGGCCGAACGAGGACCAUCCCCUACGAUGCCAUCCAGGCUCUGGAUGUAGUGAUGCGCCACCUUCCCUCCAUGACCUAUACCCCAGUUGGCCGAUCAUUCUUCUCGGCCCCCGACGGUUACUACCAUCCCUUAGGGGGCGGGCGUGAAGUUUGGUUCGGCUUCCACCAGAGUGUCCGUCCCUCACAGUGGAAAAUGAUGCUCAAUAUUGAUGUUUCAGCCACUGCGUUCUACAAAGCGCAGGCGGUGAUCGAGUUCAUGUGUGAAGUAUUAGACAUACGGGAAAUAGGAGAGCAACGGAAGCCUCUCACAGAUUCCCAGCGUGUCAAGUUCACAAAGGAGAUCAAAGGACUCAAGAUUGAAAUUACUCAUUGUGGCGCAAUGCGAAGAAAGUAUCGUGUGUGUAAUGUCACCAGAAGACCGGCACAAAUGCAGUCGUUCCCACUUCAACUGGAAAAUGGCCAGACUGUUGAGUGUACAGUGGCCAAAUAUUUCCUUGACAAAUACAAGAUGAAACUCAGGUUUCCACAUCUACCUUGCCUACAGGUUGGACAAGAGCACAAGCACACAUACCUUCCUCUGGAGGUUUGCAACAUUGUUCCCGGUCAGCGAUGCAUCAAGAAACUAACUGACAUGCAGACAUCCACAAUGAUCAAGGCCACAGCAAGGUCUGCCCCAGACCGAGAGAGAGAAAUCAACAACUUGGUCCGCAAGGCAGACUUCAAUAAUGAUCCAUAUAUGCAAGAGUUUGGGCUGACCAUCAGCACUGCAAUGAUGGAGGUACGAGGGCGUGUCCUGCCGCCUCCUAAGCUGCAGUAUGGCGGCCGAACCAAGCAGCAGGCCCUGCCCAACCAAGGGGUGUGGGACAUGAGGGGCAAACAGUUCUUCACUGGGGUAGAGGUGCGUGUGUGGGCGGUGGCAUGCUUUGCCCCGCAGCGCACUGUCAGGGAGGAUGCACUCCGCAACUUUACUCAGCAGCUGCAGAAAAUCAGCAAUGAUGCAGGGAUGCCCAUUAUUGGCCAGCCUUGUUUUUGUAAGUAUGCCAAUGGGCCUGACCAAGUUGAGCCCAUGUUCCGGUACCUGAAGAGCACCUUCACCGGCCUGCAACUGGUGUGUGUGGUGCUGCCUGGCAAGACUCCGGUCUAUGCUGAAGUGAAGCGGGUUGGCGACACUGUUCUUGGCAUGGCUACUCAGUGUGUGCAGGCCAAGAAUGUUAACAAAACUUCUCCACAAACUCUAUCUAACCUCUGCCUCAAGAUAAAUGUCAAGCUGGGAGGCAUCAACUCUAUUCUAGUCCCUGGCAUCAGGCCGAAGGUCUUCAAUGAACCAGUCAUAUUCCUCGGUGCUGAUGUGACUCACCCACCAGCGGGUGACAACAAGAAACCGUCCAUUGCAGCAGUGGUGGGGUCCAUGGAUGCUCACCCCUCACGCUAUGCUGCUACUGUCCGAGUGCAGCAACACAGACAGAAUGGAUCAACAGCACAAGGCCAAAGUGCCAGUGAUGGCUCGCGACCCAGACAACUGACUUUCGCAAGGACAGCGCAUGAUGCAAUAAUUCAGGAGUUGUCCUCCAUGGUCAAGGAGCUGCUCAUACAGUUCUACAAGUCAACGAGGUUCAAGCCCAACAGGAUCAUCCUGUACCGUGACGGUGUUAGCGAGGGACAGUUCCAGACCGUCCUGCAGCAUGAGCUCACUGCCAUGAGGGAGGCCUGCAUCAAGCUGGAGGCAGAUUACAAGCCUGGCAUAACCUACAUCGCUGUCCAGAAGAGGCACCACACAAGAUUGUUCUGUUCCGACAAGAAGGAGCAGAGUGGCAAGAGUGGCAACAUUCCUGCUGGCACCACCGUAGAUGUUGGCAUCACUCACCCAACAGAGUUUGACUUCUACCUGUGUUCUCACCAGGGCAUUCAGGGCACCAGUCGACCCAGCCACUACCACGUCCUGUGGGAUGACAACCACUUCGACAGCGAUGAGCUUCAAUGCCUCACCUACCAGCUGUGUCACACUUACGUCAGGUGUACUCGCUCGGUCUCCAUACCUGCCCCGGCAUACUAUGCUCAUCUGGUGGCCUUCAGAGCUCGGUAUCACCUUGUUGAGAAGGAGCAUGACAGCCACUCUCCUUCCAGUGGUGAGGGUUCCCACCAGUCUGGCAACAGUGAAGACCGCACCCCCUCAGCCAUGGCCCGGGCCGUCACGGUGCACGUGGACACCAACAGGGUCAUGUACUUUGCUUAAUGUGCCCUGGGUCUAGUCCUCCUGAGGUUCACUGCCCUGGUGCAAGUCUCCCGGACGCUCCAGCAGAUCUACUCGUCGAUGGCCGUCGUCGUGUCAGCGUCGUAGACUGACAGUUAUUACCCAGUUGGUUUUUCCGACUUAAUCUUUCACAAAGAUGGAAAUAGUAUUUGUGAUUAAUGUUGGGGCUAACAUUGUGAUAUUUUGGGAAAAUGUUUUUUGUUAGAAAUCUCAGACUUAUUAAUAUUAUUCCCGUUCUGUUUUUAUACAUUUCAGAAAAUAGUUGUAGGGAUGAAAACAUCUUUGAAGUGUUUGAAAAUUAACGUUAGUGGCAUUCCUUGAAUAUGUGUGGAGGUUGCUAAGGCCAGGUGUACUCCAGAAUAUUGUAGAGAGGGACUUUUUCCAAUAGGUUACAGUGUUAUGUGAGUUCUAGAGAUUCACGCAUUAGAAUUUUGUACCAGACCCAUGUACCUGCAGGAAACGUGUAGAGAAAGUCCCUGGCCUGCUCUGCCUCUUUCCAGGGGCUUUUCGUAAUUGAGGCAAAUAAGUUUUUCUCCAUUUCAUCAUCAGCAUUAAUACAUGCAUUUCUGACAUCGAGUGAUUUGAGGAAAUGUGAAGCUGUAGCAUUCUUUAUGACUUACUUCAUGAGGUGUUCACCACCUCCUUGGUGAAGGGAUGCCCCAGAUGACCUUGGUAGCAGUGAGGUUCCUCUGGGGACUGCUGCCCAGGUCCCCGGGACUUGUACUGUUCUUGUCUCAACAAUUGCUGGUCUACGUGUGUUUUUGUGGUGGAAUGAAGCUGGGUAAUCCAAAGCCACUAUUACAUGGACAUUGUAAUUAAGGUAAUAACUUUUGCAGUCACAUUUUUUACUGCCAUUUUUUAUUUCAUUAUUUAUAGAGGGUAACCUUGUACCUUGAUGUGAGGCUGGUGCUCUCCCUGCCCAGGCCAUGGGGUGAAUACUGUUUACACCCCUAAAAUUGACUACAGCAACAAUGCUCUUCACUUUUUUUCUUGAUUGAUCAAUGGUGGAUUGAAGUGCAAAUGUUUGUAGUCUGCAACUGCCUGUUACACAGCAAUAUUGACCCUCUGGUGCAGGUGUGGGUGCACCCUCCUCACGUGUGUGGUUUGCGAAUAUAUGUGUGCCUGUUUGUGUGUGUGUCUGUGUGUAUGUAUGUGAGUGUGUGUAUGUGUAUGUGUGUAUUUCCUAGUCUCAGGCCAGCCCUAUUGAAUAUUGAGACAGGAUUGCUUGACAUUUUAUUUGUGACUUUGCAUAACUUAAAUUGUGAUAUAGUUGUCAUGCAGAUAUGAAGAUUUUCUCUAGUACUGGCCUGAUACCAGAACAUGCAUAAUGCCACAAUAUUUCAUACCACAGUUUUAACAGACAGAGUGGCAGCAUGGUUUGGUUGAAGCAACACAGUUUAUGAAGAGCAGCCUGGGCUUGGGUGCCAUAUCACUUUUAAUUCUAGCUCAUAAAAUGCCAUCAGGCAGGUGCAGCUACAGUGGAGUAUGACAGUCAAGCGGCAACUCUUUCUCUCUCUCACUCCGCCUUGCCUGUGAGCGGAGCAUCAGUCUUCCUAAAAGUAGUUACCAAGCACCUAACACUUCUUUGUGUAGAAAUUAGUUCAGUGUGAAACCAUCGGGUCCAUCUCUGAAUCGUAAUAGUUUUAUAUUCAACUUCUGGAAACAGUUGCACAUCCUUGGAUGUUUUGUGAAGUAGGAUACACUUGCAUGGGAGUCUUUACAUCGGUGUAUUUAUGAACAGAAGACAGUAACGUAGUGCUCGUUCUACCAGAUCUGCCAUAAAGAUUUAGGAAAUAGUGCUUGUUGAGUGCAAUCAGUAACCAACAUUUGUACAUGGCAUUGCUGACAAUUUCUUUCAGUUCUCCCUAAUUGUGUUCUGUAUAGUUUGCCGGCAUCUGAAUUGCUAGACGAUACACAAGAACAAUAUCUUUUGUCAAGAGAUUAGUCAAUAACCAAGAGGCAUAUCCUUUUAACUUUUGACCUUGAGGUAGAGUCCUAACAGGGAGCACCACAUGGGGCUGCAUCAAUCUCCCAGGCAUGCCCUAGGGAGUCCCUGUGUUCAUUCUAAAUAUUUCGUCCAGGUGUUUGGGGCUUCAGGUUGUCUUGUUAGCUGUUUUUAUCAUUUUCAAUUAGUCAUGAUAACAUGACGUGCUGCUUACUAAUACUCUUGUGUAGGAGAAUGACCACAUAUCCUUUAUUUAUCUGGAAGAUAGAAAUGCUGCCCUUUUUUCACCGUCAUCCUCUUAUUCCUAUGGUUUCUUCAUUGAUUCAUGAAACAAGGUAUUCUUACAGUUGGUACUCAUGUAGGUGAUGCAUAAGUUGAGUGUAAGUGCUCCACACAUCAAGUUGUACUUCUCUCCUCCACCAGCCAUUCUUUCCAGUGAUGCCAAGUACUUGACUUGUUUCAAUAUUAUUUUUACAGGCAUCCUUUGGUAUGUGACUUAAAAAUGAUGAUUGAAAUAGUUUCAUAAUAAACACGCAUUUAUUUGCAAUUAUUUGCAAAUUGUAAUAAAAAUAAUAUGUAAAGAAAUAAUACAAAAUGAAUUAUAAAUUGUAGAAAGAAAUGGCCAAAACAAUUUUUAAGCUAGCCAUCACUUGAUUCCACAAUGUCAUGAGAAGGCAGCAUGACAGUUCACAUUAAAAGCAAAGAAAGAAAGGCAGGCAGUGGCAAGCUGAUGCGUGGCGUGUGUUCCGAUGUGUAGGGGGGGUCAGGGAGCAGCACUCGGCGCCGGUGUGAGGGUUAGUUGUAGGUGAGGCGGCCCUGUGUGUGUGUCCAGGCACCGCUGUGUGGCUGAGUGAUCACAUGAUGCACCGCUAGUCACAGACAGAUCCUAUAAUUGAUUGUAGGGGAUCAUUUAUAGACUUUUGGAAAGGAAAGUUCAAGUUCGGAUAAGUGAUUGAUCAUUUAGCAGUGGAUGCCUGUAUUAUUAUUAUUAUUAUUAUGAAAGUCAUACCCCUGUUGCUGUGAAUGACAACCCCUAAUUGACAUUAUGUAAACUGGGCUAGAGGUGGCCUCUCCAUUAGUACUUAAAAAGGUGAGAGCAGCUUCCCUUUUCUAGAAAGUCUUAUACUGAGAAAUGUGUUGCUAUUACAUGAGUAUUUACGUAAUUUACCUAGAAUGUGUAUACCUGCACUCUAUUCAUUGGCUACAAAGAACACGUUGCUUUGUGUGACAAAGUGGCGUGUUCCACAUAAAGUAGGAUGUAAUAAUAUAUCAUGCUCCUCUUUGUAAAGAAGAUCAUACAGAUAACACUGAUGUUUUAAAAAUAUAAUUGCAACAACUGCAAUACCCAUUAAAUUUUCCCCUAUGUUGGAAGCUCCUACUAUAUGGCUGGUGACUUCUUCGCAAUUUGUCAUAAAUUUUUGUCAGUCGUAGCAUCAUAUGAUCUUCCCUCAUUUUGGAGAAAGCUAAUUGUAUAAUUAAUUUAUAUUUUUAUUUUUGGGCUCAACCAAAGAUUGAGAAUGCAGAUGUAUAUUACACUUUCACAUAGGGAUAUAUUUUAACAGCUUACAAAUUACUUGAUUAGACUUAGGCAUUAAUAAUGUAGUAUAGCAUUUAUGUAGCUUUAAGGAGUAAUCAUGGGUGAAACACAAAAUGGCUGAUGAUUGUUGCAAAUUAGACAGCUGGUGUCAAGGUUCAUUGUUGUCAGAAGGAUCACAGUUUCACAGACACGGGCACACCUGUGCACGCACCCAUGCACGCACACACAGACACGUUUGAUGGCAACAAGAACUACACAAGCAUGGAAUUUUGAAUACUUUUCCCUUUCAGUAUAAAGCCUAGAUCAGUGCAGUUUGAAGUAAUACUUUGUUAUGUAUGUUUUAGAGUAAAAGCCUAAAUCUGCUCUGUUCUGGGAAUCUGUCUGCCAUGACAAACAUUUGAUGUGUUUGUUAAAGAUGUGAUCAGUGUUGAGCAUCUCUGGCUGCUAAUGCAAUGCCAUUUUCUCUCGUCGCUUCUUAUAUGUAGGAGAGCCACACCAUGCCCCCAUUUAUUACCUUGUAUGCAGGAACAUUUGCAUGUAAAUAUAUAAGCAAAUACUUACAAAUUCAUCUUAGUUGUUUGUGCUUCAUGUAUGCUUAUAUGUGUAUGUAUGGAUACUGAUUCAUUUAGGCUUACAUAACUUGAAUUCUGGUCACCAUAAAGGAAAAAUUCAGUUUCAUUGUUGAAGUUCAUUAUAAAUGAACAUGAAUUUUUAUACAUUCCUGCAUAAACAUAUCACUCUGAGAAUAUACUUUAAGCAUAUAUAAACGACCUGAAGUGGACAUUAAAAUUGAGGUUUUUAAAAAACAGUUUCAUAUAUGUCCUAGUCAUUAGGUUCAUGCUAGGGUUUGGCAUAUUACCAUGUGUGUUGAAGGCAUGGUUCUAGGACACAGUUGGAGGACAGUAACUGAUUAUUUCAAUGCAAAGUAGGUUAUAGUAGCCAUGUGGUGAAUCAUCUUGACAAACAUUCAGUCAAUACUUAAACAUUUCCCCUUUACAAAACUAUUUGGCAAGUUGAAACUUUUCCCCCAGCAGGAAUAUAUUCACCCUUAGCUUUCUUUCUGAAUGAGCUAUAGUUUUUUCUUUAAUUUCUUUACAAAAAUCUGUUUCUUAAUCACCUAUCUGCCUCUAUAUAUAUGUCACAUGAUCAACUCUCAUCCUCUACACCUGCUUAAAUCAUUCCAGUGAUACUGUACCCCCACCCUCUUGUAUAGCCACCACCACUAUUUUUGUUGAAAGGAUUAUUAACUUGUCCACUUUGCUUCACAUUCCAUAUCCUCAUUGAACUGUCAUGUGUUGGGUUGGGACCAGAUUAAUAUUGUAGGUCCUGUUUCAUCCUAACACCAUACAUAACACUUAACAUCCUUGCCAGUCCACACACCACGUCUCUUUAUUUUGCAGCAGUACUAUACCUUAAGGCUCUUAAGUCUACAUACCUUGCUUUCUCUGCCCUCUGCUCCUCAAAGGGAAAAAUUGUACAUGUAUUGAUUGAUGAUUGUUUUAAUUCAUAGUUCAUGGUCAAGAAUUGGUGCUGUCUAUAUCCUGCAAAAAGCCCAGCACACAUGUUUUGUUGUUACAGAGGAUGGUGGAAAAGAAGUUUGUGAAUCUCGUUUUGUUCAAAGAGACUAACUCAUCAUAGCUACUUGAUGCUAGAGAGUUAUUACUCAAUUUAACUCAGAUUAACUGAACUCAGAAUACUCAAGUGGUCUAUCUAAACAAAAAGCUGUCUCACCUCAAGUUUCCAAUUGAAUUAUAAAAUAAGUUGAAGGAACCUUACCGUGACCUUUUUCCAUGUUCUUAUCAUGUGACCCAAGAAUUCAACGAGUGUUUUAGUAUGGUAUUCCACUCGCUUUCAGUUACUGUUAUCAGUGCAUACAUACAUCAUAUAUAUUCAUGCAUGGACAGUCCUGAACAAGUACUUGAAACCAGCCUUUAGUGCUCAAUCAUGGUAAGUUAAGUCUUGCAAAUCUGUAAGCACAAGGAUAAUUUGUCUUAAGCUAAUUCUUACCAUUAUCAUUUGCCUUUUUUUCCAGUUAAUUUAUAUGGUGAUUAUGAGGCUGUCUGAUCCACUUGUCCUGUGUGUUCACAAUAAAUGCAAGCUGGACAGUGCUCAUGGACCUGGUUGAGUUUUGGCAAACAUAUCAUUCAUUUUGUGCGGGGUAACACUUUGUUUGUAGUGUUAGUAGAUUAUAUAUUUGUAGAUUUGUUAGUGUUGUGUGUAUUAGUCAUGCCUAACUUGAUACUAGAAAAGAUGAAAUCUAGCCGUAAAUAUGUAAUUAGAUGUCGUAAUCCUUGAUAAAAAGUGUCUGUUGUAAAUUCAUGCUUAGAUAGUUUUUAUACAGAUAUUGAGCUCACCACAGUAAUCUUGAGUGUAUGUUUUCUCAGGCUUAGGAUAAAAUUGGUUUCAUUAUUUUAUGAUAUAUGAAAUGUAACAACUACAGAGAUUUGAUAGGCAAUGCUUACUCAGCAAUGUUCAGAUCUGGUAUGGGUUCAUAACUGAUGGACCACAUAUAUGAAACUGGCAUGUAUCAUUUGUAUCACCUUAUCUAUGAACUUCAUGGUUAAUUAAAAGCCUUCAGUUUAACCACUUGCCAGAUUGGAGUCAAAUAGGAGAAGAAUUUUGUUUUUCAAUAGUCACUAUAAAUUUAGCCAACACUAUAGUGAAACCAAAUUGUCGAGUCCGUUUUGGCGUUGGCUCCCGCGGGUCCACUUCUCUCUGCUCUGCCACACAGGCCCAACACCUAUUUUUUCCUCUCUUAUGUUACCUAUAGCUUACAUGUGAGAGAAAGAGAUAGGCGUUAGAACUGUGUGGCACAGCAGAGGGGAGGAAAGGACCAGUGGGAGCCUAUGCCAGACUGGCCUCGACAUAUUUGGAAGACUAUAGAUGGCCUAACGUGUUAUUACUGCUGUGAGAAUCAGGAAAACUUGGUUAUUUGAAAUAGUGAAAAGAAAGCAAUUAAUAUAAGAAACAUUUAAGGUCGUGAUAGCACACACAGAUAAUAGCAAGCCAGGAAGAGACAAGUUGGGGGUUGGGGGAAAGCAGUACGUCGUCCACUGUAAUGACCAUAUUUUGUCAACUUCAAUAAUCAGGAUGUAAUUCUUGCCCACCAUUGAUACGUCAGUUUCAUCUGUCAGUUUCAUCUUGACGCAAGUGCAGAUUCUGAAGAUUUUGUUAAGAGUAUUCUUGAAGGAAUGUCUGGCUGAGGUUAGUGGUAAAGUGAAAUCCAGAACAGAGAGGGAAGUGUGUCAGGUCAGUGGAGGCCAGUGGUGGGAGGAAGGCUGGUGUGGAGGGGCACAGGUGGAGGUGGGAACAAUCAGCUUAGUGACCACUUUCCACCUCCACCUAGUAGUGCUUUCACCCACAUCUCUCUCUUUUUCUCUCUCUCUCUCUAACUCUAUCUAUCUAUCUAUCUAUCUCAUGUGAUAUAUAUUUGUGUUACAUCACAGUUGCUUCUGGACUGAAACUUCAACUUAAUUCACCAUCACUGGCCUUGGUAGUGAAAGUGGAGGGGGUUGGCUAGACAGCAAGGUCAUACGUGAGGGUGCUUGUCACGUGUGUAAGCAGUGUUAGAGAGUGGUGAGAGUAGAUGUUGAUGGAAGCUUCAGGUCAUGCGCUGAUGGAAAAAAACUACCUAAUGCAGAUAUGUUGAAAGAUUUAAUAUUUACAUGUAUUGCCCUUUGUUUAGUACAGGUAUUGGGUGACGUGUUUACCCCUGUCUGAGUUGCCAUGGGAGGUGUAGACCAGUUGAAAGAUGCAUCAUAAUAAUCUGCUGUGUACCCCAGAGGUUGCCGAGUCAUUGAGAGGCUAGUUUUUAUAUGGUGUUAGAGGUCAGUUGUCUGUGUGUGCUCUCUUAGGCCAGUGUUUUUUUGUGUAGUCUCAUGUGACCCUUUUUGACUUCCAACAUUCCUUCAAGACAAAAAUGCUGGUUGGAUAAUUUAUGAGAAAUUCCCGUUUUUAUUUGAAGUGCGUGCUGUGUAAUGAACAACUGAGCCAGAUAACUGGUUGUGGCAUCCUAUCCUGACUGGUGGUGCUGGCAACCCCUAGCCAUAAACAACUGAAGAGGUGAAUUGUCUCCAAGCCUCAGCCCUGCACCUAGUAUUUGUGCCAUGGAAGACUUGGCUUUUAUUUUUAUUUUGGUGUUUGCAAUCUAAUUGGGCAUUUGAAAUGGUUUUGUAAUUAAUGUUAUCACGGCAGUUUGCAAACAAUCUUGAUGUAUAAAUUUAAUACUACCAUAUUAUUUACCUGUUUAUACCAUUGCCUAUUGUAAUUUUUCCCUUACUAGGCUUUGAAACAGAGCUCAGUGUUGGCUUGUGUGUGUGCGUGUGUGUGUGAGAGAGAGGGGCUGUUUAGACAAAGUUUGCACAAGUUUCAGGCAUUGUUUUAUUUUGUUAUUGCAAACCUUGCAUGUGCAAAUACUGUCAGCUACUUACUUGCUAUCGUAUUUUGCAAAGCAUAAAUGUUUAUCUCAGUAGACUUGUUAAGGAUUGCUUCACUGAUUGACAAAUACAAAAGCAGCCUAUGCCAUUUUAUCAUUUAAAACUGACAAGUAAAACUUUACAAGGAAAUGUUGAACUAUUGAAAUCCAGUCUUGUAGGGAAAUGUUAAAAUCUCGCAGUUGUCUAUCAUGCAGCACCAGGCAGUCACGUAGGUCCACAGCAUGUGGUGUUCCCAAGUAUCAUGUCCUGUGCCCCCUCCCCAACCUUCCACAUAUCCUGCUACUAAUGUACCAUAUCAUAGCCACAUGAUAUCAUCUAGACUAGGGAACUCAACAACUCAAGCAAUAUAACUGGCUAGGAAUACAUGAUCUAUAACCAGUUGUCACCCCUUAAUUUAUGUUCAUGGCCUUGAUUUGCAGGUCUAACUUUUUUGUGUUUGAAGAAACAUGUCUUUACUUUGAAGUGGUGGUCUUUGCUACAGUGUGUCCUCUGUCUAGUUGAUCACAAAGCUGGCAACUGAUUCCACCUCGAGGGCACUUAUUGCCGGGUAUUGUAAUUGGCUCCAUUACGUGUGUAUGUUGGCCGCAGCUUAACUCCCUUGUGUUGGUGUUGGGUGUGUCACGUCAGCCGCCAGUUGGUCUCGAGUGUCAGAGCGAGGGGAAGGAACAGAAGGCUGGCCAUAAGCAUGAUUGUAAUUUAAUUUUAAAGCAGUGGACACGAGAUACUUUCACUCCAAGACAUUAAUAUAUUUAACGAAAUAACAAAAGAAAAAGUAAGCAAAUUCGCAACAUUAUAUUGAUUGGAUUGAAAAAAUGUUUGAUCAUCUUCAGUGUCACGCCACCCUUGUCUGCAGACGUCCUCACGCAUACACACGUUACCCAACACGAGGGGGUCCGCUGCCGCUAACGCUGGGCACUGGACAUGAUGGUUUGUGAGAACAAGUGUAAAUAAACGGUUGUUCAUUCAA